AUGUCAUCCAAUAUUAAUAGCCUUAUAGAUCCUGACAAUGACUUACCGCCCUCAUAUGAAGAAGCUUUAGGAGAACAACCAAGUACUGAGUAUAAUACUAAUAAUAAUAGAGUUAAUUUCGAUCGUAAUGAAAAGACACGUCCACCUCCUCCACCAAGACAUCCACCUUCAAAUAACAUAAAAAAAGAAAAAGAUGAAAAUGAAAUCCAAGGUGUUAAAAAAUGGGAUUUCCCACCAGACUACUACUGUAAUAAGUGUGGAAACACAGGCUAUAAAUUGAAUACUGGCAAAGUUUGUAAGAAAUGCUUGCUAUUGUUUGGUAAUAUUAAAAAUAAAAAUGAAGCGAUUGAAGUUGUAGAUUCCUUACCACUGGUCGGCAUUGUUACCAAGCAUCCGUUGGUAAAACAUGCUCUUUAUAGGUUUACUAAGUAG